CAGCACCGUGCUGAUUUGAAUAAGCGCCGCUCCAAGCUUCUCCUGGGAUCUUGCUAGCAGCGAGAUCAAUGGUGCGCCAGAUUCCAAUUACCGCGCUCAGGGCAGGCUGUAGUGGGAGGGUGAGCGGCAAUUCUAAACACCUCACCCAGUUUGUAUGGAUUUCGUGCGAGGGUUGGGCGCGCAAAAGUUGUCGCCGCUCGUUGGGAGGUGUGAAAUGGCAACUAAAAAAAAGAUGGAAUGCACGCACACAGGCAUACACACUUUUUUUCCCCUCUCGCGGCCGAUACCCUCAAAGAAUGGCGGUGGCUUUGGAACUGUCUACCCGCCCGGCCGUCCAUAAGGUACGGUACGCAAUAAAUCGGCAAGACAACCCAACACGACGCAAGAGUACGUGCGGCGCUCAUGGAUGCUACGGUACCACCAGGAAGAUUCACUUUUACUUCGUACUUCACAACCAUACCUGCAGGCCAGCCCCGCUCAAUUGGAUGCGCGACGGCGAGCAGAGUAAUAAUCAUCCGGCCAGGUCGCCAGACGACGCAUGACGGGCGGGCAAUCUGAAUGAGCAUGGGUGUCAAGGACAAAACAAACGGCGAGCUUGAAGGGAUUGGGUUUACUAGACCAGAUGGUCCCGAGGACAAGUCCGUCUCUAAAUAGUCUAGUGUAGAUCUAGGGAGAAAGAGAGGUACGUUUGUCCUGUUCCGCAGUGAUAUCUACGCAGUACAGUAAUUAGUACCACAG